AUGAAGAUUUUGGAGAGGAGGGAUAAAGUUCUGAGGAACAAAAGGAUCCCUUUGCUGAGUUUUGUGGGAUUGCAGUGGUUCUACAGAGGAGACUUGGGAGCCACAUGCAAAGAGGAAGUUGAAGUUCGGGACGUGGUACGACAAGCAGGUCGAGAAUGUAGUGGCCCCAUUAUAAGCAGCGGUUGGCAAGCCCACCUCGAUGUAGCGGCCCCAGUUUGGGUAGAUGCAGACUUGUCUGGGUGUAGUGGCCCCAGUACAUGUGUUUUGAGGUGCGGAUCUCUAGUGUUGUGGCCUUGUGAGGUCGGGUUUUGUGGUCGUUGUGACGUUUUGUGUUGGGAUUCGAGGUCGAAUCCAGUUUAG